CAAAGCAAGAGCCACAGAACAUACAGUUCUGAGGUUUCUGUACAAUCUCCACAAGCAGGUAGCAGCUAAAUACAUUCUGUUUACUGAACACAAUGUGGGUAAAAUUGCUCUCUGUAGUUGUAGAAGUUUGUUUUUCCUCUUUCCUAGUUACUGAUCAGGAGACAGCUUUGGAUGCUCCAGAGGAAAGCUCUCUCUCCUCUCCAGACCCUCAGCAGCCCACAAGUAUUGUUUCAAUAAGUACACUCAGUACACCAGAGAUUAAGAAAGAAGAAAAAGAACAAACUAGUCAAGACUCUGACUUGACCAGUGAAGCAAAUCUUCAGUAUCUAGGAUUGACAAGGAAGAAAAGUGGCAUCCUGCUGCUCACACUUGUGUCCUUCCUCAUCUUCAUCCUCUUCAUCAUAGUCCAGCUCUUCAUAAUGAAGCUGCGGAAGGCACACGUGGUCUGGAAGAAGGAAAAUGAAAUGUCAGAACACACCCUAGAAAGUUACAGAUCAAGGUCAAAUAAUGAAGAAACAUCUUCCCAAGAGAAAAAUGGUCAAACUUCCCACUCUAAGCAUUGCAUGAACUACAUUGCAAAGCUGUACUCAGAAGCAAAAACAAAGGAGAAUGCACAACAUUCACAAUUAGAAGAAAAGUGUACUCACAUCCCAGAGAGUAUUGUGUAAUGUUCCCUGUGAUAGAAGAUAGGUUUUCAGAGCAACAUUGCUGUCAGUAGAGCAGCCUGUGGGAAAGAGAUAAUUACUGUGACAUGAAAAAUGUCAAUUGAGUGCAAUCUAUGAUGUUGUCCUCUGAGCCUGGGCAAAAACACAAGGACCAAACCAUGGACAGAAAGCUCCUCAUUAAAAAAAGAAAGAAAGAACCUAUUAUGCCUGAUGCUACUUCAGAGCAGGAGGACUCCACUAAGCCUUGGGCAUCAGGGUCAGUGUGACCAGCCAACAUCUUACCUUGAAGAGAAUGAAAGUUUUUAUUUUUAAAAUUUUUUUAUUUUUGGAAUGAAAGAUUUUUGAUACUAGGCUGUAGUGGAACUACAUAAAAAAAAUUUUUUGAAACAAGUCUUUCCCUCUGGUCAUGAAAUAAAGAACUUUAGGAUGAAAAGUACCUAAAACAGAUCUCCAAUCCUAGGAGGUUGCUUUCUAUUGGGCAUUAUGAUGAUGUAACCAAUACAUGGGUGUCCAAGAGGAUUGGUGUGUCACAGUGACUGAGUCAGAAAGAUGGACACAAAAGCCCCAAGAUCUACUUCCAGGACACAAGGAGUGAGCGCAGAGGAGGCCCAAAGAUCAGAAUUUCUACCCAGGUGUGGUAGUGCACACCUGUAAUCCUAGCGCUUAGGAAGCUGAGGCAGGAGGAUCACUGUGAGUUUGAGGCCAGCCUGAACUAUGUAAUAAGCCCUUGUCUCAAAAAACUUUAAAAAAAAAGGAUUCCUUAAGCUUUCUUGCUAAAUCACAUAUGCUGACUUGAUAGGCAAAGUGUUUAACCUGGUUACUCCAUGACAAAGGCAUGUACAAAAGAAAUUAAUAAGCUUGCCCAACAGAUCAUUGACUUAAUAAAUGGGUUUUUAAAGUUAUUUAAUAAAGGGUAGAGUGUGUAUUUGUUUUUUCUAGCAAUUGUGGUCAAAGUUGUGUUUCCUACCUUCAUAUGAGAAAAGCGAUAUGUGACAUCUUUUUUUUCUAUCAGUUUAUUUAAAUUAUAGCAAACUCUGGCAUUAUGUGGAACAUUUCUCAUUGUUUGGGUCUGAAUAAACUAAUCCUAAAAAACCCCACAUAGAUAUAUUAUG